AUGUUCGUCAAGAAACUUGUGGAGAAGGCUUCUAAUAAGAAGGUUGGUGGAAAUUCAUUAGAUGGAUUAAAAGCUAGAGAUGUAGAUCCACGGCUGAUAUUCCAUCAUGGUGUACCAUCAUGUGCUACCAACUUUACCUGUCACAGUAUUCACAACAUAUUGGCUCUUUCCACCAAUGAUGGGAGGAUUAAAUUAUUUGGUAAAGAUAAUGCUCAAGUCCUACAUGAAUCCAAUAAGCCAGUGCCUAGCAAGUUCUUACAGUUCAUCCUGAAUCAAGACAUCCUUAUAAAUGUCACUUCAAAUAAUCAUAUUGAGGUUUGGGACAUAGACAAGAAAUUGUUGUGUGACUUGUACGUUGUUAAAGAAGAAAUCACUUCUUUUGCAAUCAUUCAACACAGCCUCUACAUGUACAUUGGAGUUUCUAGUGGCAAUGUUUCAGUUUUGAAGCUUGAUCAAAAUUGGCAUGUGGUGAAGAUGAACUACUCCAUACCCCUCUCAGCUUCUUUUGGGAAUUCAACUGAAGUAUUUGAUGAUGAUAUCACUGUGACGCACAUAUUGCCUCAACCGGGAGCUGAAAGUAAAAGAGUUCUCAUCAUCUUUAGAAACAGCCAAAUAAUACUAUGGAAUAUUCAAGAAAGCAGAUGCAUUUUCAGAACUGGUGGAAAUGUGUCGCAGCCACUGCAUAAUGAAACAAAGAAAGUGUCUUGUGCAUGUUGGGCGUGUCCCUAUGGAAGCAAAGUGGUUGUAGGAUACAACAAUGGAGAUCUCUUCAUUUGGAGCAUUCCUUCUCUAACAACCGGCAAUGGCUUAGCAUCUGAUUAUAGCGGAAAACACACUCCAAUGUUCAAAUUUAACUUGGGAUAUAAAUCAGAUAAAACGUGUAUAGAAUCCGUAAAAUGGAUAUAUGCUGAAGGAAAGGCUAGUAGAUUAUAUGUCAUGGGAGCUUCUAACUCGAUGCAGGUAGUGUUGUUGAGUGAACAUACUGAAACUCGCACAACUAAGUUAGGACUUAACUUGUCCGAAUGCUGUGUUAACAUGGAGAUUAUAUCAUCCGCAAAUGAGCAAAGCAAGCAUAAACAAAAUUCUUUGAUUUUGCUUGGAAAGUCAGGACACCUAUAUCUGUAUGAUGAUAGUUUGAUUGAAAGGUAUCUAUUGCAAUGCCAAUCUAAGUACACUCCUUCCCUGCCAAAGGAAGUUAUGGUGAGGUUACCACUAUCUGAUUCAAGCAUUACCAUAGCUAAAUUCAUCUCGAACGCUACCAAUGUGUUCUAUUCUGAAGACGAGUACUACAGUCAGAUGCUGAAAAAUUAUCCUCAGCUUUUUUCCAUUGAAACAAAUCAUAGAGAUGGGAUUAGCCUGAGUUCUGCCAACUUCUCUGGAUUUUCAAACAUUAAAAACUUGUACAUAACUGGACACAAAAAUGGAGCCAUAACUUUUUGGGAUGCAUCAUGUCCCUUGUUCAUUCCAGUUUUGCAAUUAAACCAGCAGAGUGAAAAUGAUCAUUCUUUAAGUGGUGUACCCUUGACAGAAUUAUAUUUUGAUAUCGACUCUCUUCUCCUUGUUUCUGGUGAUCAGAGCGGAAUGGUUCGUAUAUUCAGAUUCAAACCUGAACCCUACACGUCCAACAGCUUCAUGUCCCUUACAGGAAAUGCAAAAAAAGGGGUUGAUCAUGUAGUCCAGAGUAUGAAACUCGUAAAAACUAUUGGUGCUGUAAUUUGUAUGACUGUAGAUCAUAGCUCAAGGCAUCUUGCUGUUGGCUCUGAUCAAGGAAAUGUUUCAGUUAUUAACAUGGAUGGGCCGUCUCUGUUAUAUCAAAAACAUAUUUCAAGCGAAAUUUCUUCUGUUAUAAUCUCUCUGCAGUUCAUAACCUGCGGGUUAUACGGUUUCGAGAAAAACAUCUUAGCAAUCGGAACAAAGGAUUCGUCGGUUUUAGCACUGGAUAGCGAAACUGGAAACAUGAUGAGCACUGGAUAUGUUCAUCCUAAGAAGCCAUCUAAAGCUCUAUUUAUGAAUGUGUUAGAUGGACAAUGUGAACCAAUUACAAGAUCGGUGAGAAAAGAUAGCUUUGAUUUGAGAGAAGGGAAUCAUAUUGAGGAUGCAACAACAAAGAAAAUUUUGUUGUGUUCUGAGAAGGCUUUAUAUAUAUAUUCAUUUGAGCAUGCUCUACAGGGAAUCAAAAAGGUGGUUUACAAAAAGAAGUUCUCUUCUUCCUGUUGCUGGGCAUCGACAUUUUACAGUGCCUCUAAUAUUGGUCUCGUACUACUUUUCACCAGUGGAAAAGUAGAAUUAAGGUCUUUACCAGACUUAUCUUUGAUAGUGAAGAUUUCAAUUAGAGGUUUCACUUAUUCACCUCCGAAGUUGAAGUCAUUUUCUGACAAACAGAUAUGCUGUUCAUCCAGAGGAGACAUUGUUUUGGUGAAUGGUGACCAGGAAAUUUUUGUUGUCUCAUUGUUGGUCCAUAGGAAUAUUUUCAGGCUUUUGGACUCUGUCAGUUGCAUCUACGGGAAGGAAAGGAUGAUAUCACAAAAGGAGCUUGUUCCUAACUCAGUCAUACAUAAGGAAAACAAGAAGGGCAUAUUCAACUCUGUUAUCAAAGAUUUUACUGGCGGCAAAGAAAAGCAUAUGCCCUUCUUGGAAAAAGAAGAUCCUAAAGAAAAUAUCCAGGAACUCUCUGCAAUAUUUUCACAUGCAAAUUUUCCGCUGGAUGCCAACAUUGUGGAUGAAAGUAAACUAGAAUCAAGCUUAGAUGACAUGGAUUUGGAGAACCAUAGAGAAGUACGCAAAGAACAAAGCAUAUUAGGAGUUCUUAAUAAGAAGAAAUUGGCUGGCAAAUUUCAGGCUUUGAAAGGAAAAGUGAGAGAGAUGAAGGGCGACAGCCAUAAAGCAUCAGAUAAGGAAGAGCAACAAGAUGAGAAAAUCGGUGCAGUCAGUCAAAUUAAGAAAAAAUAUGGAUUUUCUUCUUCGUCCAAUGAAACAAGUGUUGCUAAAUCUGCAGAAAGCAGGCUCCAGGAAAAUACAAGGAAAUUACAGGGUAUUGAGCUACGUACUAAAGAGAUACAAAAUAAGGCAAAAUCAUUUUUGUCAAUGGCAAAACAGGUGCUGCGAAAUGCUGAACAGGAUAAACAAAGUUGA